CCUUUGGUUUUGACUUUCCUUUCUUCACGUAAGAAGCGGUGACGGUGCAACUGCCCUCGGUCGUCCCGAAUCCGGGUUCAUCCGACACCCUCACCGUGGUAAACUAAAGUGAACUCAACCUCGACAGCACCAUCAUGCCUCCUAAGUUCGACCCUAACGAAGUUAAAAUUGUGUACAUGAGGUGCACAGGAGGAGAAGUUGGUGCCACCUCUGCUCUGGCCCCUAAAAUUGGACCCUUGGGUCUGUCUCCCAAGAAAGUGGGUGACGACAUUGCCAAGGCUACCGGUGACUGGAAAGGUCUUAGGAUCACCGUCAAGCUGACCAUCCAGAACAGGCAGGCAGCGAUCGAGGUGGUGCCCUCUGCAUCUGCUCUGAUCAUCAAGGCCCUGAAGGAGCCCCCUCGUGAUAGGAAGAAGGUCAAGAACAUUAAGCACAGUGGCAGCGUGAGCUUCGAGGAAAUCAUCAACAUUGCUCGCCAGAUGAGGCCCCGUUCCAUUGCCAGGGAACUCUCUGGAACUAUUAAGGAGAUCCUGGGCACGGCCCAGUCUGUGGGCUGCACUAUCGACGGUCGUCCUCCUCAUGACGUUAUUGACGAUAUCAACAGUGGCAAGGUGGAAUGCCCAUUGGAGUAAGUUGUUGCACUGGAAGACAAAAAUAAAGUCAUAAAACUUA